AACACCGCGCUGCUGUUGCUGGAGCACCCCGAGCUGCCUGCAGGAAAUCAGCCACGUUCCUCCAACUAUACCAAAAAACAUUCAGCAACAGCAGCAGAGACACCAGACAGACAAAGGAGCCCCCUGUAUUUAAGCAGUGCACCACGAAGAAGGAAGCAGCGUGCCGUGGGGCAGGGCUGCCGCUCGGGCAGGACAGCAGGAACACCGUCCCACCGUGUGCAAGGAGGACUUUGCCCGCCCUCACCCUGGGGCGAUGCCGCAGCUCGUGGCCAUGGGCGGGCCGUCCCCGCCAGGUGCUGACAGCGCUGAAGAUGUCGAGCAGGUAUCACAGGGCAGCAACCGAUGGCAACCUGGAUCUCCUGAAAGAAGCCACUAGGAAAGACCUCAAUGCUUCCGAUGAAGAUGGGAUGACGCCCACACUGCUGGCCGCGUACCAUGGGUACCUGGAGGCUCUGGAGGUCAUAUGCCGCAGAGGAGGCGACCCGGACAAAUGCGACAUCUGGGGGAACACCCCGCUCCACCACGCCGCGUGCAAUGGUCACAUCCACUGCGUCUCCUUUCUGGUCAACUUCGGCGCCAACAUAUUCGCUCUGGACAACGAGCUCCGCACGGCCCUGGACGUGGCUGCCAGCAGAGAUCGCCACGAGUGUGUCAGACUCCUGGACAGAGCCGCCACAGAGCAGAACAUAGCCAACCCCAGGAAGGUCUCCAAACAGAAGGCCCAGGCACAGAGGAAUGUGGAGAAACAGAUCAAGGAGUGCGAGAAGCGGCAAGAGAAACACCAGCACGAAAUGAACAGGAGCUAUAUGAAGGAGAAGGUUGGCUCGGUGACCUCCUCCAGAGGGACUAACUCCAGGGUGAAGGUGCCAACUCUCUUCACUUCAAAUGCAACAGCUCCUUUCUCCAAAAAUCUGAAAGAUACCUUCAAACUGAAGGCAAAAAGGAUGGCUGGCAGCACGAGAAGCCAGGAGCCACAAAGCAAUGGCCAGGCAGAUGGCGGGGACAGGGGAAGUGUGAUGCACUUGUUCGAUGAGAAAGAGGAGGAUGACCUACAGAACGAUGACAGCCAGCUCUCCAUUUUCACACGGCCAGGUCUCGGCAAGAUUGUGUUUGGAAGGAAUUUGGCUGCGGAUAUAGAUCCUGGAACCGUGUCUUCCGAGAAAGAAGACAUCAGCUUUAAAAUGUCCAGUGAGCUCUUCCGGAAUGAAAGUGCUGAGAGCGGCAUGGAAGGCGAUGCUGGAAGUGGUGCUGAGGUCCCCUGGCAGGAGGAGGAGCUGCUCUGGGACGACGAGGAAGCAGAGAGCACGCCCCUGGAGGUGUUUCUGGCCUCACAGAUGCUGGAUGAGUUUCUACCAGUCUUCAUGAGGGAAAAAAUGGAUUUAGAUGCUCUGAUGCUGUGUUCUGAUGAAGAUCUACAGAGCAUUCAGGUGGAGCUGGGGCCGAGAAAGAAAGUCCUGAACGCUGUGAGUAAAAGGAAACGGGCAUUCCAGGAUCCCGGAAGGACUGUAGAUACUUGCUUGUAAACCAGCAUCCCCACUGCUGCAGUCUGCAGGCUGAUGAUCUUUUCCUGCUUCAAAACAGCACGCAACUCUUCUCUAACCGCCGCUAAUGCAAAGGGCAAAGAGCUCCUCGUAAUGCAAAGGGCAAAGAGCCCACUGAUCACUCUGGGACAUGUAGCAAGGCCAGGGCUUCUCGCUGCGGGUGGUGGCUGUUUUGUGGGGAGUGCAGAUUCGGGGCACAUUCUGCCGGAAAGAGAGAAUGUGACAGCAAGAACCAAGAGCUGGAGAUCCAGGGCUUGUUCUCCCUGCUGUUCCACCCCCCUGGGUGUGACUGAGUGCUGAGCGCACCGCCCGGCUUAACCAGCCGCUCCACUCCUCUGCGAAACCCCCUGAGUGCUCCCAGAGCUCAGGGCUUCCAGGCUUUCUCUAUUCCUUUGUUAGAUUGCUAUGAACCGCUCUUCUCGGUGCUGCUGCUCUACUAGAAUAAAAUCCAAACGUUGGUUCCAGCCAUGGCUCAUUGCCUCCAGUUGUGUCUGAAUUCACAUAAAUAAGAGUAUUUCACAGCAAGCUCUGCGCCUUCUCUCACGUUUCUCUGCUUUAUUGCUGUUCCUUAGGAACACCUGAAAUCCCUACCGAGAGGCGCGCAGGGUGAGCGGCACCUUCUCUCGUCUCACUAGGUGCCAGCAUGCACAGCGUGCUAAGCGGCACUGAGAGGCAAUCUCUCUAUCGACAGGAGGCCAAAGUUCUCUUUUCCAGGUGUUUAUCCGUUCUGUGGGUCCCUGCAGGGCGCAGCUGUCCCGCCGGCCCAGGACCCAGAACCCUGCAACCGGUGCCUGCUGCUGCUCGCUGCCACCCCAGCCUGGGAGCACCACGCAGCUGAGUGCUUGUGAGAGCAGGCAGGCAGGUGAUGAGCAGGGCUGUUUUCUCACAGACUGAUUUCAUAGCUGGGGAGGCACCGUGCUUUUCCUUCAGAGUAUGCGGUGUUCGUGGACACGAAUCCUAGUUAAUGAUCUAUAUGUCACGCUCCAUUCUUUCAACAUUUUCUUCUCUGAUUUGCUCAUGAUUCCUUUCCAUGGCUGGACUUCCUGCUGCGUUUUUUCCCUUUGGAUUCCUAUACUUGGCAUGCUGUAUUUCCCUGUGCUGAGCGGUGCCAUCUGACUCCCAUGCUGCGCAGUGUCAGCUGCUGGCCCUGAGCAGCGGGAUAGGCCAGGCAGCACCACCCGGGCUCAGCAUUGGUUUGGUUGUGGCUGAGAUUCGCCAAUCCUUAAUGAAGCAAGAAACAAACAAUGAACCUUAUAAAAAAGAAGGUAUAGAAGGAGUGGAAUUUGAAGGGUCAAAUCUGGUCCUUGUCAGCCACGUCACUGAUGCAGAGGCGCAGGGAACAGUGCCCGACGAAGACAACAACCCCAUUCCCCGCCCUGACACUCAUCAAAGCCCUACUGCCCUUUCUUCUGCAAUGCCACUUGGGUACCCUAUAAAGCUGACCCUCCCCACCCAGCCGGUCCUUGUCUGCCCCCAGCCCGAUGAGGCUGCCCACCCCACAACACCACAGCCUGGCAUGGAGUGUGCUGAAGCAUGGCAGCUUCCCUUCCUGCAGCAUGGAAUCUCUGCACAAAAAUUGGUCCAUUUGGUUGUCACAUGCAUCCAACAUGUUUUGGGAAGUGCUUCAGAGUCUACAGCACUGGUGGACAAAGGAGGGGCAGCUGGUGUUGUCUGCCUGGACUUGUGCAAGGCCUUCAACUCAACACGGUCCUGCACCACAUCCUUGUCUCUAAGUUGGAGAGAGAUGGAUGUGAAGGGUGCACUGGUCAGUGGAUAAGGAACUGCUCGGGUGGUCACAGCCGGAGCACUGUGGUCAAUGGCUCUAUGUGCAGGUGGAGGCUGACAAGUGCUGUCCCCCAGGGGUCCGUCUUGGGACCGGUGCUCUUCAACAUCUUUAUCACUGACGCAGAUGAGAUGGGAUUGAGUGCACCCUCAGCAUUUUGCUGAUGGGACAACAGAAGGGAGGGACGGCAUCCAGAGGGAGCUGGCAGGCUCGAGAAGUGGGCACACGAGAACUAAUGAGGUUCAGCAAGGCCCAGUGUGGGGUGUUGUACUUGGGUCGGGGAGUCCCAGAUGUGUGCAGACUGGGAGAAGGAGCCCUGCAGAGGAUGACGUGGGGGUUCCGGUGGACGAAGAGCUGGACAUGAGGCAGCAGUACACACUGCUGUACACAGCAGUACACGCCUGCAGCCCAUGUAGGAAGGCCAAUGGAAUCCUGGCUUCCACCACCAGCGGGGGGGGCAGCGGGCAGGGAAGGGAUUGUCCCCCUCUGCUCUGCCCUCGGGAGCCCCCACCUGCAGUGCUGCGUCCAGGCCUGGGGCCUCAGCACAGGAAGGAUGGGAGCUGCUGGAGUGGGGCCAGGGGAGGCA